AGCCCCGGUUUGGUUUUUACCAGUCUCCAGAGUCCUCUUUGGAGACGCCAGUUGGCACAGAAAAGUGCUGAACUGUUUACAGUCCUAGCCUAAGGUUCAGGGAGGGGAUGUGGUUUAACUGGGCCACAAAGCCCAGUACACGACUCAUUUGCAUGGCUCCUGACGCCAUGUGACGCAGCCAGCUCCUCCUAUAUAAAGAAGCAGGAGCCGAAAUUAUCUCGGAGUCUGGGUUGGACUGGCGGCUGUGGAGUUUGUGACACGCUAGGUGACACCCCUCGAGUCACUUCCCUUCAACUCCAGCUGGAAGCGCCUGGCUGGCUUUGAUUCUUCUCUGCAGCCUUCGUCCCUGUCCUAGCUCCAGGGCCCCACUGCGGUGCAGAGCCCGACCCAUUGCCGCGCGCUAGCAGCCCGCAGCCGCCCAACCCAGCCACAGCUCCUUGGCUACCAGAGCUAUGAACACCGAAAUGUAUCAGACCCCCAUGGAGGUGGCGGUCUAUCAGCUGCACAAUUUCUCUAUCUCCUUCUUCUCUUCCCUGCUUGGAGGAGAUGUGGUUUCCGUUAAGCUGGAUAACAGUGCCUCCGGAGCCAGUGUGGUGGCCUUAGACAACAAGAUUGAGCAGGCCAUGGAUCUUGUGAAGAACCAUCUGAUGUACGCUGUGAGAGAGGAGGUGGAGAUCCUGAAGGAGCAGAUCCGAGAGCUGGUGGAGAAGAACUCCCAGCUGGAGCGUGAGAACACCCUCCUGAAGAACCUGGCAAGCCCAGAGCAGCUGGAGAAGUUCCAGUCCCGGCUGAGUCCUGAAGAGCCAGUGCCUGAAUCCCCACAAGCCCCAGAAGCCCCUGGUGGUUCUGCGGUGUAAGUGGCUCUGUCCUGAGGGUGGGCAGAGCCACAACUUGUUCUACCUAGUUCUUUCCAGUUUGUUUUUGGCUCCCCAAGCGUCAUCUCAUGUGGAGAACUUUACACCUAGCAUAGCUGGUGCCAAGAGAUGUCCCAAGGACAUGGCCACCUGGGUCCACUCCAGUGACAGACCCCUGACAAAGAGCAGGUCUCUGGAGACUGAGUUGCAUGGGGCCUAGUAACCCCAAGCCAGUGAGCCUCUCAUGCCACUGCACCCCGGGGGCUUCCAGGACCUGGGCAACUUAGCUACAGCUGGCAAAGGAGAAAGCAGAAAGAGAUGUAAUGCCAGUAUGCUCCAGAAAGUUUAAGGGGUCUGUUUUUCAUUUCCAUGGACAUCUUCCACAGCUGCACCUGAUGACUGUUCCUAUGAAGAAGCCACUUACGUUUUAAGCAGAGGCAACCUCUCUCUUCUUCCCUGUCUGGCCCAGGCAGGGGCAGAGAUGAGAGAGAUUGAGCCAAGUCAGCCUUCUGUUGGUUAAUAUGGUAUAAUGCAUGGCUUUGUGCACAGCCCAGUGUGGGAUUACAGCUUGGGAUGACCGCUUACAAAGUUCUGUUUGGUUAGUUUUGGCAUAGUUUUUCUAUAUAGCCAUAAAUGCAUAUAUAUAUAUACCCAUAGGGCUAGAUCUGUAUCUUAGUGUAGCGAUGUAUUACACACACAUACACCUACAUGCUGAAGGGCCUAACCAGCUUUGGGAGUACUGACUGGUCCCCUAUCUCAUAAGGCUAAUUUUUUGAGUGUUCUCAUUUACCGAAUUGAUACAGCUUGUUCUUUAGGAUAAGUAAGACUCAAGGUUUAAGGGAGGGAGAGGGGGACCAGCCUCACAAUGCGGCCACAGAUGCCUUGCUGCAACCCUUCCCCAUCUGUCCACUGAAGACAUGUGAAGUCUUCUUUUGAAUGCCAAACCCACCAUUCACUGGUGCUGACUACAUAGAAUGGGGUUGAGAGAAGACCAGUUUGGACUUCACAUUUUCAUGUGAGAACUUGUUUUUUGUUGUUGUUGUUGUUCUGUUUUUGUUUUGUUUUUGUUUCUGUUUUUUUAAUUGUUGUUGGAAACUGUAGGGUGGAUCAAAGGAUGGCAUCCUGCUGUGGACAAGAAAUGGAUGAGGGGAAUGAAUGGUUUUGAUCCCUUAUGGGCCUGGGAGUAUGUCCCCAGGAAGCUUGUGUUAAGGAGGCUCUGUGACAGUGAACACUUUCACUUUCUGAUACCUUAUCCUGCUGUAUGCCUCCAGGAUAUGGAUUUUGGUUUUUCAAAUGUAGUUUGAAAUUUCAAUAAACUUUGCUCUUUUUUCUAAAAAUAAA